UCCCUGAUAUUCGACGAGGUGUAUCUGUCCAAUGCGAGUGUAGCUGAGACCAGCACGAAAAACAUCAACAACAGUUUCACUGUGAUAACCCCGUUCAGGAAACUAAUCCUGUGUGCGGAGAAUAGAAAUGAGAUGGAAACUUGGAUAACUGCGCUGAAAUCUGUCCAGAAAAUAGAGAACUGUGAGACGAGCCAGCUGAACAUGGAGCAUUUCUCGGGGAUGCACAACUGGUACGCCACGUCGCACGCCCGUCCCACCUUCUGUAACGUCUGCCGCGAGGCUCUGCCAGGGAUGACCUCCCACGGCCUCUCCUGUGAAGUUUGCAAAUUUAAAGCUCACAAACGAUGUGCUGUCCGGGCUGUCAACAACUGCAAGUGGACCACACUGGCGUCUGUGGGAAGUGACAUUAUUGAGGAUGAAGAAGGGGUGGCCAUGCCUCACCAGUGGCUGGAGGGGAACCUGCCAGUCAGUGCUAAAUGUGGGCUUUGUGACAAAGCAUGUGGCAGUGUGCGGAGGCUGCAGGACUGGAGGUGUCUCUGGUGCAAAGCCAUUGUCCACAACGUGUGUAAAGACACCCUUGACAGGAAGUGCCCACUGGGGCAGUGCCAGCUCUCCAUCAUCCCUCCAAUCGCCCUGAACAGCGUGGACUCGGACGGGUUCUGGAAGGCCACCAACACAGCGUCCUGCACCAGCCCUCUCCUUGUCCUGGUCAACUCCAAGAGCGGUGACAACCAGGGGGUGAAGUUCCUCAGGAAGUUCAAGCAGUUGCUGAACCCAGCCCAGGUGUUUGACCUGAUGAUUGGCGGACCACACCUUGGCCUCCGGCUCUUCCAGAAGUUUGCCACGUUCCGUAUUCUGGUGUGCGGGGGAGACGGCAGCGUGGGGUGGGUCUUGUCGGAGACGGACAAGCUCAGUCUGCACAAACAGUGCAAGCUGGGGGUGCUGCCACUGGGCACGGGGAAUGACCUGGCGCGGGUGCUGGGCUGGGGCGGCCUGUGUGAUGAUGACCUCCAGUUGCUGCAGGUGGUGGCCAAGCUGGAGAGAGCGGCCACCAAGAUGCUGGACAGGUGGAGCGUGCUGACAUACGAGGCAGCAACCAAGCAUCCUUUUCCCAUGGUGACCGAGGACGAGAGCCACAACUCCCAGGUUCCCAUAUCUCAGUACGCCAACUUGGUUGUCUAUCACUUAACAAAUGUCCUCAAAUCUGACCAGCACGCUGACGUCAUCUCCUCGGCCAGGUUCCUGUGUCAAACAGUCAGCAACUUCACGGCUGAGGUUGGCAAAGCCUACAAACAGGUUGAAGAGAAUAAGGAAGAGGCAGACUCAAUGACAAACAAGUGUGAAAUGUUGACCCGGAAACUGGACUCGUUGGUCAAGGCUCUGAGUGACGAAUCUCAGGCACUGAUUAUCCCCGUGGGAACCUCUCCUCCAUGCUCGGCCGGCCAGGGUGAGAGCAAAGCUGCUGAAACCGGAGGCAAACAAGACAGCAGGUCAGAUGCUAACUCUGCUCCCAAAGGUUUCAAGUCGAAGGAAGAGCUCAUGUUGCGAGCCAACAGUUUGAAGAAAGCUCUGAGGCAGAUCAUCAAGCAAGCAGAGAAAGUGGUUGAUGAACAGAACAAGCAGAGCCAAGUGACGCACGGCUGCUGCCCGCCCAACGCCAACCCACCCGUCUUCAAGAGCGAGAGCACAGAGGAGCAUGGACAAGGACACAAGAACACGGAGACACGUAAGUAAAGCAGCUUCUCUCUGACCGUGGACAUCCCCCUCCGCAUCAUCCCCACCACCGCACCCUGUCCCCGACAGCUCACAGUCCCAAUCACCAUA